AUGGGUCAAAUCUCAGGAGCAGUUAGCAAGUUAGAGGCUAGAGAUUCAGAAAAGUUGCCAUCACAAACAGAACCAAAUCCAAGGAUGAAUGCUAGUGCUAUGACUCUUAGAAGUGGAACAGAGUUGCAAGAGGCAUUGAAGGAAAGAAAAAAGCAUGAAGCUGACAAGGACAUCUAUAAGGUUUUCAAGAAGUGUGAAGUAAACAUCCCUCUCUUAGAUGCUUUGAAGCAAAUUCCAAGAUAUGCCAAAGUCCUUCAAGAACUUUGUACGGAAAAGAGAAAGCAAAGAUUAAAGGGAAUUCAAAAGGUGAAGAUGAGUGAGCACAUUUCAGCCAUAUUUCAAAGAAAGUUACCGCCUAAAUGUGGAGAUCCAACUGACAGGUCUAACGCAUAUCCUAAUAAAGUAGGGGAUCUUAUAUUUCCUGCUGAUUUUUAUGUUUUAGAUAUGGAACAUGAUAAACAUUCAGCACCUAUCUUGCUAGGUAGACCUUUCAUGAAAACUGCCAAGACUAAGAUUGAUGUAGAUACAGGAUCACUUACCAUGGAAUUUGAUAGUAGUAAGGUAGAGUUUGACAUUUAUGACUCUAUGAAAUUUCCGCCUAAGGACCAUUCUUGUUUUGCUAUUGAUUUAGUUGAUACCUCUAGUCAAGAUAUGUUUGAUAUAGAUUGCCAAGAUAAACUCAAAGUGGCCAUUGAGCAUGAUUUGAAUGAAAAUAAUAAGGAAUAUGUUUUGAGUGCUGAAUUGCAGGAAGUUUUGCAAGAUUUGAAGAAGCAAGAGCAACUCCCACUUCUUCCUUCUUAUUUAGAGCCAUUACCAUUAACCAUACCCAAUGAGAAUUUGUUACCCUCUGUUUUGCAGGCACCCAAGGUAGAACUUAAGCCAUUACCCGAACAUUUAAAGUAUGUAUUCCUUGAGGAGAAUGAGACUUGCCAUUAA